AUGACCAACACAGUGUACAUCAGUGUUCUUGUGGUUGUCCUGGCAACAGGCUGCCUGUCAAAGCCACUUUCUGGUCCUCACAAUAAUGGAGGAAUUAUCCUGGAACGUACCGGCAAGUACCCAUCAGGCAAUGGGGCAGGUUCACUGGGCCGCAGGGCUGCGCCUUUAAGAGCAGAAGAUCUGAUAUCCAGACUGCUACCCCAGAUUCAAGAAGCUGGGCUUUUGAACCAAGCUGACAGGUAUCAGCUACGAGAUGUCCUCCAUCAAAUGCAUGACAGAGAUUACACAGGCUGGAUGGACUUUGGCAGACGCAGCAUCGAGGAGUAUGAACUGGACUCCUAA